CCCGCCCCCUUGCUAGUCCGCCUGCGAGUCGCACAGAAACAGCAGCGACGACCGUUGGGGGAAGAGAGUAAAUAGACGCCUCAAGAUGGCUGACUCACUGGGCUCAGCUUCCCUCACUGGAGCUGCGGCUACUGCGGUAGCCCCCACGGUCGCGCCUGUGAAAAGCCCGCACGUCAAGCUGACCGAGGCGAAAGGAGCCCCCGAUAACCGCUCCCAGUCUUCGCAGGAUUCCGACCCGCCACCGCCGCCGCCCAAGAAGGUCCGAGUCGAUGAGAAGAGUGCGAAGCCCAAGAAACUCAGCGGAGUGGGAGGCAACGGUAGCGGCAAAGAGAAACUCCAGCAGCCCCCGAAACAGCAGCAGAGUUACGGCAGCAGCGGCGGCACGGCUGUGUGGGGCUUCAGUACUGGUGGGACUCAAACACCGACAAAAGUCCUAAAACAGAGCGAUUUCUUCCUCCACAAAGCGCCUUCGUCCACCCCCAAGAAACCAAGUAAAGACAAGCAGCGGGAGAAGGACAGGGACAAGACGGGCAAAGGAGGCGAAGACGAGAAAAAGAAGCAUAAACUGGUGUUGACCUCCGCACCCGCGAGUAACGUUAGCAACAACAACAACAACGCGAACGCUAUCAGCAAAUUUAAUUACAUUUCUGCAGUGAAGAGGGAGAAUGGAGAGGUCACGCUGCCACCCAAAGAAAACUCCACCAAGGACAAGGCAAAGGAGCGGGACCGAGAGGAGCGAGAGCAGAAGAAGGUCAAAGACAAAGCGAGGGAAAAGGGGAAGAAGAAGCACAAAAUGAUGAACGAGAUCAAGAGGGAGAACGGAGAAGUCCAGCAGCCGAUUAAAGAUGAAAAAGAGAAACCCAAGAUCAAUGCGGAGGAGCUACAAAUCAAAAAAGUGAAGAAGAAAAAGAAAAAGAAACACAAAGAGGGGGAGAAGCACAAACGAGUGAAGAUGUACCACCGCUCCUGCCAAACCGUUUGUGCCGGCCUGCUUUCCACCUCACCUUCCCUGUCCUCGGAUCUCAAGCACAACUCCUCUCUGUCUCCUUUCAAGACGCCGCUACCGGUUCACCCGUCACUCAACAACAAGACCUCACACAUGCCCCCCUCUCCUCCUCCUCAUCCUCUCUCCUCAAAAUCACUCUUAAACUCCUCUCUUCACAACACUACCGACUCCCUUUCUUCCUCCGCCACCAAGAAACUGCUAACUUCCCCAACCAAACAACAGCCUGAGAGCACGCAUCCCGGUUUGGCCGGUCUGGAGUUCGCCUCGUACAUCCACAUAGAGAACCAGCCUAACGGAGGGGCGCUGGUGGCCCAUGCCUACACUUCACAGCUCACCACUCUGUCGCCGGUCCAGAGGCACAGAUUUGCCCAAGAGUUUGUCACCUUGGCGUUCCGCGAGGACUCAUCCCAGGCAGCUCAUUUCGUCAUGGCAAUUGUCCACGGAGACGCCAGCUACCUGCCUGAUUUCCUGGACUACUUCUCCACCAAGUUCCCCGCAGCUCCAGUCAAAAUGGAAAUACUGGGGAAAAAGGACAUAGAAACUACAAAUAUGACCAAUUUCUACUCUCAGGUGAAGAAGACGUACAGUAACGGCACAUACAGAGCCGGCGCCAUGAGACAGAUCAGCCUCGUUGGAGCCGUGGACGAAGAGGUCGGGAAUUAUUUCCCAGAAUUCCUCGGCAUGCUGGAGGAGUCGCCCUUCCUGAAGAGAACCCUUCCAUGGGGAACGUCCUCCAGUCUGAGUCUGAUGAGUCCCACGGAGAGCGACGACGGUCCCAUCAUGUGGGUCAGACCAGGGGAGCAGAUGAUACCCGUGACCGAUAUACCAAAGUCCCCGUUUAAAAGAAAGCGCUCCACCAACGAGGUGAAGAACCUGCUGCAGUCGCUGCCCAGGACGAGCGAGCCUCGGGAGAUGCUGUUCGAGGACCGCACUCGGGCCCAUGCCGAUCACAUCGGCCAGGGCUUUGAGCGUCAGACGACGGCGGCUGUCGGAGUGCUGAAGGCCGUGUGUGGAGACGGCUCGGAGCCUCCUCGAGUUACCAAAGACGUUGUGUGUUUCCAUGCCGGUGAUUUCAAUUAUGUAGUUCAGAGGCUGCAGCUGGACUUAUAUGAACCUCCGCUGUCUCAGUGCGUGCAGUGGGUGGACGACGCCAAACUGAACCUGAUGCGCCGCGAGGGCAUUCGCUACGCUCGCAUCCGCCUGUGUCACAACGACGUCUACUUCAUCCCCCGCAACGUGGUCCACCAGUUCAAGACCGUGUCCGCCGUCUGCAGCCUGGCGUGGCACGUGCGAUUAAAGCAGUACCACCAAGGAGAAGGGGAGGGAGUGGUGGAGGAGGAGAAGCCGCUUCAGAUGAAGGCAGAGGAGGAGGAGGAGGAGGAGGCAGAAACGGCGGAUUUGGUGCAAAAAAAGGAGGCGAGGAGUGAAAGGAAGAGUGAGAAAGGAGCGAAGGAGAAGAUAAAAGUAGAAGAUGAAGAGGUGGAGGUGGCAGAAAGCAGGACGUUGUCAGCUGCCGUAAAGGAGAAGCAGGAUUGUCACCUUCCUCCUCCACAACAUCCACCUCAGGUGCUUCCGCUCGCUCACUCAAAGGACUCUGUGUGCGGCACUAAAGACAAAGUGGAGGAGACUGACGAGAGAGUGAAAGGGGGUAAACACAAACGGCAGGAUUCACCUCCUGUUAAGACAAAGACAGAUUCUCCGGCGCCUCCUGUUUGCAAAAAUAAAUCACCGUCGCCUCUUCCUCUGUCUCCUCUUUCUUCGCUCCAUCCUCCUUCUCACCAGGACGUAAAACCAAAGGCGUCGUCAAAACCUCAUCACCAUCAUCACCAUCACUCAGAGGGCAGGAAGACGUCGUCCUGUUCAGAUCGCAAAUCACCUCUUUCUCCGUCUUUUUCAAAGUUCUCUCACUCCUCCGUGCCGUCAGCUGGAUCCACCGAUUCUCCGUUCUGCUCCUCCUUUGCUUCUUCCACUUCCACUCCUCUUCUAUCCACGUCCAGCGCGUCUUUCAUGAGUUGUCCCAAACCUGCGCCGAACUCCACUUUUCCCACCCUCCCUCCUCCUUCCACCAUCUUCUCAUCUCAACGGACGCCUCCUCCCUCUCGCGAGGACCAACCGCCCGCGAGAGUCGGCGUUCACCCGAGGCUGGACACUCAGUCGGACGCGCAGACCCACACACGCGCGGACGUGCGGACACACGCCUCGCAGUCGGACACGAGGACACACGCCUCGCAGUCGGACACGAGGACACACGCCUCGCAGUCGGACACGAGGACACACGCCUCGCAGUUGGACACGAGGACACACGCCUCGCAGUUGGACACGAGGACACACGCCUCGCAGUCGGACACGAGGACACACGCAGGCGCCGACGGUCGCACACAAACGCUCUCAGAGCAAUGGACUCACGGUCUGGACGCGCAGAUCCGCGCGGCACAGGACGCGGCGAGGCAGGGGAGUUACAUGCAGCAAUACGCGCCCCAGCAUCUCCCACCUCCUCACCUCCCUCAGAUGCUCCCCCCUUCCUUCUCCCCUCUCCUCCCGCACUCCCACCACCUGCCCCCGAGUCCACUGUCCACCCAUCCGGUUCACCACAUGAGGCCGCACCACCUGCCUCCGCCGCACCAGCCCAGCAUCACCACACAGUCCCAGCCGUACUACCAGCCCCCUAACACUGCCCCCCUCACCAGCUCCCACUCUCUCCCCCCUCACCUGCCUCCCCACCACCAACCCUUCUACGCUCCUCAGCACUUCUCCUCUCACCCUUUCCUCCACCCUCAGUCGUUCCUCUCCCAAGCCUCUUACCCGCAGUACCAGAACUCGCCACCGGCGCAGGUUCAGCUCUCUCUGUCGCAGUCUUUCCCUCCCCCUCCUCCUCCUCCCCCUCCUCCCCCACCACCUCCUCCCCCGUCCUCCUCUCAUGCCCUGCCACCCCCUCCUCCUCCACCACCGCCUCCGCCUCCGCCUCCUCCUCUUCUCCCACCUCCUCUCCCUCCUCAGCCUUCCCCAUCCGUCCUCUCUUUUCCUCCAAAGCAUGACGAGGAGCAGCAGCAGAUUUUAUAGUUUUUUGUAGAUAACGACACUGUAUUUUUAAAACAACUGCAAAUGUAUGAGGUUUUAUUUUGGCGGCGUUGUUGUAAAACUUGUAAAAAAAAGGAAGGGGACGUGAUUGGACGCAGUAUUUUAUAAAACAGACGCCACACCUCGUGGUUCUUUGGUCGCGCUCUGGUCCAGAGGCAGUAUUUUUCGCAUGUAGCAGUAGUUUUUGCUCUUUAGUGAAAUGAGGUUGCACCGGAAUCCGACACUGAAGGAGAGAUUUUCCAAGGACGAGUCUGUCAAACUGCUGUGUUCUGUUUUUUGUUUUGUUUUUUUAAACUUUUGAAGUGAGCAUAGUCCUUUUGAACAUCAGAGGGAGGAAGAAGAAAAGCCUUUAUGUCAGAUAUUUAUAUAUAUAUAUAUAUAAAAGAAGGGUCAUGUUCAUGAUCUUUUUUUUGUUUAACAUGCAGCUAAUGCUUCCAUUUUGUGUCUUUUAUUUUUUUUUUAUUUUUCAGGUUUUAUUCUUUGUGCCCAAGACUGUUUUCUGGAAUAACGAUGGGUCAAACUGAUAUCUCUUACAUUUCGUCACUACAGUACACAGUGAAAGUAAGUCAGUGAGCGUCAAAUAAAUGGUGUAAUAGUUGAGGUUAACUAAAAUAGUUAGCUAAAAGUAGCUAAAUUAUUGAGCACUAUGUAGCUACUUUAGUGUUAAAUAUUCACUAAAAAAGAGUUCAAAUGAACACUAUUCCACCAUUUUCAAAUUGUACAAACUUUUUAUCCAAUACUGUAUUUUGAGCAAUAAUCUGCCCAAAUCACUGACUAAUGUCAGUAUUUUCCGGGUGAAUUUCAAGCCCCUCUUUUUUGGAGUCAUGUUCCUCAAAGAGGACGGAGAUUUAACGUCGUCACUGAGCGUCGCAAAUUAUCCUAAUUAUCAGUUGCAGGAAGGUGAGUGCAGUCUUGCACUGAACAGUACAGUAACAAUAAUAUUAUAGGGAAGUAAUAUUAUGGUAAUAUCCUCUUAAUUGUAAAGUAAUCACUGAGUUUGGUUAUAGCCAUGAAAAUGUGCGUGGGCCAUCAAUUUCAACUUUGUAAUUUGAUAAUUGUGAAUUUAAAUGGAGGCAUUUUCAUGGAAAUUCUCAUGAAUAAGCUCUUAAACUGGAUAUUACUUUGGAAAUAACAAACUCUCGCUGUAAUAUUUCACCCUUAUUCGGACACUAUAACCCCGUUAUUAUGGUAUUACCUCAAUAUUACCGUAUCAUUGACAAAAUUACUGUUACCGUUCAAUGAUGAAACUAGAUGCCACUGUCGUUAAUCUCACCAGAUUCAGUUUCCCAGCGUCUGUCGGGACGAGAGCGAGACUCGGUUACAGUCUCAGGAAGAAAAAAAAAACUGUUCCAUGACUCUACUAGAAAACAAAAAACAAACCACUUUAAUACCACUUUUAAUGUUAAAAUAGGAUUCAAUCUGCAGCAUUUUAGUGAGCAACAUCUAUCAUGACUCAUCACAGCACUUUGUAACAUGGAAACAGUUGGUAUAAUAUAAAAAUAAUUAUAUUUAUAUAUAUAUAUAUAUAUAUACAUAUAUAUAUAAUAUAUAUGUAUAUAUAUAUGUAUACACAUAUAUGUAUGUGUAUACAAUGUUUUAUGUUUGUUUAUCAAGAGGGCAAAUUUCAGGUUCUUCCAAGUUGGUGAAUUUAUUACAUUCAGGCCGAGGCAUAUGUUUUUAUUUUUGGACUCAGAGAAAAACAGAUGGUACACUGUCAAAAACGCACUAUUUAUCAGUUUCUCUCUGCAGUGUUUGUAUAAUAUUAAAAAACAAAGUAUAUAUGUUAUUAUUUAUCAACCAGGGACUGAAGUAACCUUAUGUGUUCGGAGUAUCGUAAAUUAUUGAAAUUCUAUUUGUAGUUAUGAAGAUGAUGAGAGGAUUUGUCUUUUACUUGUUUUUCUUGCUUUUUGUUUUAAUCUAGGUCUCAAUUUGACUUUUAUCGAUAUGAUCAUUGUCCACUUGUGCUAAUGUAGCCCGCAGCGUUUCCCCCACAGCGUGCCUGUUCGCAACCGCGACCUGCUUCACGGUCCAGAGCCGUGCGGAGAAGACGGGAGGGGCCGAAUCACGGAGUUUCACAAGGAAAGGCAAGGCAGCUUUAUUUGUAUCGCAUCGUUUUGUACACACGUGCUUUACAUAAAAACAACACAACUGACAGAAUGACGCCUUAUAUUUUCUUCUCCUCUUUCUUCACCGUGUGGCUCUGGAGAGAAAAAAAAAGCACUUGAUUCCACUCGCGAGAGCCUUUUACAGCUCUUUAUUUUCUUCUUUUUACGCCUUUUACAGAAUCACGAAACAUGACAGGAACAUAUUUUAUUUUUUAAAUGUACAAAAUGUGACAAACUGUUAUGGUUGAGAACGACGGCGACGGCGAGAAGUCUUCGGGGGGCCGUGUCGUCAGUUUUUAUUUAUCUCCAGCUCUGUUUGUUUUGUUGUUGUUGUUGUUUUUUUAUUGUGUUUCUGUGGUUUUUAAACUCGUCAGCACUGUAGUGUACAUAAGAAGACGUUUUGUAAAGAGGAUAAAAACAACAAACAACAACAA